UUAGUUUUAUUUAAUUUCAAUUUGGGCUUGAACCGAAGACCAAUCGAGGACCACCUACACUUCUGCAAUUUCGCAAGCUCAUCGUUUGGCUUCUUCCGUCGCGAUCAGCGAACACGAACCUUCCUCCGGCGUCACUACCAACAAAGAGAGCUCUCGUCUCUUCGAUGGCGAUGACCAUUGAAGGCUUGCAGGACUUGCUUUUAUGUUUUCAGCAAGCAUCUUGCUACAGAUCCUGGCUUGUGCAUUAUACAACAAUUGGUGGCCGAUGUUAUCUGCUCUCAUGUACGUGCUCGUACCCAUGCCUUGCUUAUUCUUUGGUGGUGGUUCUACUCAGUUUUUGCUUAGCAGGGAAAAUGAUGGGUGGGUAAAUGCUGCUAAAUUCUUGACUGGAGCAUCAACUGUGGGGAGCAUAGCCAUUCCUAUUAUCCUUAGGCACGCUCAUAUGAUUGAGACAUCUGCUAUGUGGAUCGAAUUCUUUUCAUUCCUCAUAUUUGUCUGCACUGUCUUGUGCUUUCACCGUGCCAGCCUCGAAGAUGAGUGGUGAUGAACAUAAAAAACCUAGCUUCUUAUCUACUACUGACUGGCAAUCAUUGGGGCCAACAAUUAUGUAAUGUAAACAACUGCAUGAAGUGUGAUAUGCAUACAAUGGAAAAGGAUAGAGACUCUUCCCUUUUGUAAAUGUGUUCUAUAUCUAAUGUUCAAAGAGAAAUUUUUUUUAUCAGGUUGUAAUAUGUUCAAAGGCAUCUUGAUUAAUUUUCCCUUUUAACCGAUUUGGGCAGGACAUUAGGUUUCUGGUUAAUGUGGGAUUGCUUCUGUGUGAUAGUAGUAUUUGCUGUGUAAUAUAAUUUAACUAGAAUUUUGAUCUUUAAA